AUGACGAUGAGCUACAUCAUGAAAACAGAUGGACAGAUGGAUAAAAGACGAGUGAGCUGGAUAGAUAAAAAGAGGAAGAGAGAGGACCAGACACAGAGCAGAAAUAUGCUGAAUGCCUGGAUCCUUUUACCUCUCCUCUUCACAGGUGGGAGGACGUUCAUGAUUCACAACAGCCAGCGUAGCCUUUGUCUGGAGGACUCGGUUGGCACAGGUGAAGUCCUCCUGAAGAGGUGCAAUCUGGAUUCCGAGUCUCAGCAGUGGGUGUGGCUCGGCGGCGACAAGCUCAUGUGCGUGGCAUCGUCCAGAUGUUUGUCCUCUGAACGGAGCGAGCCAGUCCAGACCCAGCCCUGCCAUGGGCCAGAUGUGGAUGCAGCAGGGUCAGUGUGGGACUGUGACAAUGGCAGGCUCAUCAGCAAGAGCUCGGCGAUGUUCCUGUCCAUCAGUGGCCAGCAGUUGAUUCUCACAAAGUUCAGCCAAGACGCAAAGUGGAAAUCUCUGGAUGAGGGGGACAUCUGCCAAGAAAGACUCAGGGUCAGAAGGGCUUCGGAUGACUCGGACCUGGCUGAGUACGAGGACGAACCUACUGGGGAGCUGGCCUCCAUGACAGAAGAACAGAGAGAGUAUCUGAGAUGGUACUACCGCACAGAGGAUCCCACCACAUGGAAGUUUGUGUUGCUGGGGGCGGCCUUUAUCUGCCUGCUGGUUGGAUUUUUGCUGCUUGGAAUGGGAGCAGUGGCCAACAAAAGCAGGAAGAAGAUUGCGAAGUAUAAAGCGGCGGCGUCUUUCAGGCACGAAAGCGACGGCGAGGAGCUUCGAGCCGUUUUGCCCCUCCGAGACAACGGCGCGUCACCGCAGCACUGCGGCCUGCUGUCGGGACGAGGCCCCACCACGGCUGGCGGGGAGGAGGGCGAUCUAAAAGCCGGCGACAUCGUGGUCACGUGGAAAGAUGGCAACAUCUCCUCUCUUUACUCAGAUCACGCCGAGACAGAGAAACCGGAGGAAGAGGAAAAGGGGGAGGACGUGAAAAGAGAAGAAAAGAGGUUGGAUGUUGAGCGGGAUGCUGAGGAUGCUGAAGAUGCUCAGGAUAGGGCUAUGACAGAGUAA